GACUUAUGCUUUGGUGCUGCAACACUGGAAGAAUUGCACACAGAUUCCAGGAAUAUCUUUUUUUAUUUGAGUGAUUCUUUAUGGAUGGAAAACAAUUUGGGUCUUAGUAAUUACCCUGUUUUAAAGCUAUUUUUCAAUAGUCUGAACUGCUUAAUAAAUUGGGCCACUUACCAAUGAGCCACGUGGCCAGUUCUUGUCAAGAGCUGGUUGAAACUUGUGCUGUGCAUGUAGCAGGGAUGGCACAAGAAGAUAGUCGUCGUGGUCAAGUGCCAUCUACCUUUUAUCAUGGUGCCAACCAAGAACUUGACCUGUCCACCAAAGUGUACAAGAGGGAGUCAGGAAGUCCUUAUUCUGUGUUAGUGGACACCAAGAUGAGCAAACCACAUCUCCAUGAAACAGAAGAACAGCCAUAUUUCAGGGAGACAAGAUCAGUGUCCGACGUGCAUGCUGUUAAGGAAGACCAGGAGAAUUCUGACGACACAGAAGAGGAGGAGGAGGAGGAAGUCUCUUAUAAAAGGGAGCAGAUCAUAGUGGAGGUAAACCUUAAUAAUCAAACAUUAAAUGUAUCUAAAGGGGAAAAGGGUGUCUCUUCUCAGUCCAAAGAGACUCCUGUUCUUAAGACAAGCAGUGAGGAUGAAGAGGAAGAGAGUGAGGGAGAUGCCACAGAUGACAGUAAUGACUAUGGAGAGAAUGAAAAACAGAAAAAAAAAGAGAAGAUGGCAGAGAAAGUCAGCGUUGCACAAAGGAGAACAAGAAGAGCCGCCUCUGUUGCUGCAGCUACCACUUCCCCUACUCCCAGAGCUACAAGGGGACGGAGGAAGAGUGUAGAGCCACCUAAGCGUAAGAAGCGGGCCACAAAGGAGCCCAAAGCACCAGUCCAAAAAGCUAAGUGUGAAGAGAAGGAGACUCUAACCUGUGAGAAGUGCCCCAGAGUGUUUAAUACUCGCUGGUACCUGGAGAAGCACAUGAACGUUACUCAUAGGCGCAUGCAGAUUUGUGAUAAAUGUGGCAAGAAGUUUGUCCUGGAAAGUGAGCUGUCCCUUCACCAGCAAACAGACUGUGAAAAAAAUAUUCAGUGUGUUUCCUGUAACAAAUCAUUCAAGAAACUUUGGUCCCUUCAUGAACAUAUCAAGAUUGUCCAUGGGUAUGCAGAAAAGAAAUUUUCCUGUGAAAUAUGCGAGAAGAAAUUCUAUACCAUGGCUCAUGUGCGGAAACACAUGGUUGCACACACGAAAGACAUGCCAUUUACAUGUGAAACCUGUGGGAAGUCAUUCAAACGCAGUAUGUCACUCAAGGUGCACUCUUUGCAGCACUCUGGAGAGAAGCCCUUCAGAUGUGAGAACUGUGACGAGAGGUUUCAGUACAAGUACCAGCUACGCUCCCACAUGAGCAUCCACAUCGGGCACAAACAGUUCAUGUGCCAGUGGUGUGGCAAGGAUUUCAACAUGAAGCAGUACUUCGAUGAGCACAUGAAAACACACACUGGAGAGAAACCCUUUAUCUGUGAAAUCUGUGGCAAAAGCUUCACCAGCCGCCCCAACAUGAAGAGGCACCGCAGAACUCACACAGGCGAGAAGCCCUAUCCAUGUGAUGUGUGUGGGCAACGGUUUCGCUUCUCCAACAUGCUGAAGGCCCACAAGGAGAAGUGCUUUCGGGUGACCAGCCCUGUGAAUGUGCCGCCUGCUGUCCAGAUCCCACUCACAACUUCCCCAGCCACUCCCGUUCCUUCUGUGGUGAAUACCCCCACGACCCCAACCCCUCCAAUCAAUAUGAAUCCUGUAAGCACUCUUCCCCCCCGGCCUAUCCCCCACCCUUUCUCACACCUUCACAUCCACCCCCACCCUCACCACCCCCACCACCUACCUAUUCCUCCAGUCCCUCACCUCCCACCACCUCCAGCUCUCUUCAAGAGCGAGCCUUUAAAUCAUAGAGGCCAGAGUGAGGAGAACUUUCUGCGGCACCUGGCGGAGAAGAACAGUUCAGCACAGCACCAUUAACACCUGUCUCCUUACGAGUGUUCUCCAGGAAUUAGGCUCCCAGAUGUGAGUUUGCGGGGAGGGAG